GCAACACAUCCGUUUGGAGGGCGUGACGUCACUGCUUACCUGUAGCCGCAGGUGAAGAACGGCACGAAUCUCGCCGAGCCAAGCUUUAUUAGUAUGAGCCGACUCUGAAAGCGCGUGCUGCGCGACGAAAUCGACACGUUGGACCCGUUUUCAGUCAGUGAGUCGAAGCUAAGAUCGACGAAGCAGAGGUUAUAACGCGUCAGAAGGAACAUAUUUCACACUCGGGCUACUUCCGCGAUCUUGAACGUUCAAAACAACUGAAGAUUUCACCCGAGCCUAUGCGGUCCUGAAUGUGGUGAGUUAUGCCUGGCCACAGCACAGGAUCACAUCACAAGACGCAUCCUCAUAGCUCAAGCCGCUCUAGGGCCGAUGGCUACAGGCAAAGCCGCACCUGCUCCAAGGACAGCAGCACCAGUCAGGAGACCUUCAAGGAGAUCUACAGCGAGCAACCUCGUAGCAUAGACUCGCAGUUCCCCCAUAAAACCCAUCCUCUCUACGCCAAUGGACGAGGUUCAGAAACCCUGGGCUUUUUCCCAGGCUCCGCCGACUCUCCUCAAGGUACGCAAGCCUGCGGCUCAUGUGCCUCUCUUGGCUGGAGUGGUUGCAAAGCUCUGCUUUGCUGCAUUCUGACUUGUGGGCUUUACGGGUCUCGCAAACCUUGCUUGCCGCCCAACGAGAGCUCCACUGACAACCCUUUAAAAGCCGAGCCGGAACCGAGGAAGCCUAAUGGAUUGGCUCUGUCCAAUCCCACGUGCGGCGUAAACCUCGAACCGAGCAAAAAGAUGCAGUUGCUAAGCUCUGGAAGCUUCAGGUACGGCGACGUUUAUUUUGCUGGCAAGAAAGUGGAGUACCCUGCCAACUCCGAGGCACCUCCAAGACGGACCAGAACGGCUGGAAAGGGCGACAACAACCAGCGUCCCAUCAGUAACACCAGUAUCUACUCGAGGGAGGAUUUGGAUCUAGACGACCUGGAUGACGGCGGCACUGAUAUCGACUCGCUAAUCACAAAAAAGCUUCUAGAACUUUAUAAAAUGCACCAGAUCGAGCAGCUUGCCAAAUGCACAUCCGACGUGUCCUUCUCCCGGAAAACCAACGAGAUCAGCGAUCUGAUCAACAGCAUUGCUCAGGACUACAACUUGGAGGAGCAAGAAGCGGAGUGUCGGCUGGUGCACGGCGUCAUACGCAUCAGCACCCGCAACAAAUCCUCGAAAGGUUACAAAAGCAAGGACUAUAAAUCGCACGAUGCAAUGCAGCAUACUAACGGGAGGAGGGAUGGAACGCUGCCCGACAGUGGGAACGAGACCAUGACCUUCACCUUUAGUGAUGGUGAACCCGAGGUGCUAGUGUCAGAACUGACACCGUCAGAUGAGCUUGCCCGAAAGAUGAGAGGCCACAGUGGGAAAAAUUACUACUCGAGCUCGGCCACAGACUCAUCAGGGGCUCCACUACUGCGCUAACACGCCAGCUGUUCCCUCUCAAUUAUUACUGCCUAACUAGUGUUCAUCUCUGUCCUUGUGCUCCUCUCAAAUUUCAGUGAAAGCAGUUAUGCUAAGGACAGUUUGUGUUUGUCCGAAUGCCCAAAGACUGCUGUCGUCCCACAGCUUCUGUCAUGAGUGUAAUGUUAAACAAAGGAGCCUGUUGCAAAAACCAAUGGUUUCCUACUGCCCUCGCCAGAAGCCAUGUGGAUUGUUACAUAAUGGACAAGUUUCCUGACCAAACCAUUGGCAUCAAAGGGUAUCUAAGUAUUGCUUCUAAUUAUCGUCAUAAGCGGUGAUGUAUCUAGUAAAUAUGCAUGUAUUCGGCACAGAUUAAUAGCAACAACGAGACUUAAACUAGUUGCCAUUCAUCGGAGUGCUUUGCUCUAGUAGCCCGUUCUUCAAGUGUUGCCUCAGAUGAAUAAUCUGUCCACCUUGUUUUUUGUUUAAAUGAUUUAAUGCAAUUUAAUGUUGUUUUGGGACUGUUUGCGGUCACCUACAUCUGUAUGGUGGAACAGCAGUUUUGAAAUGCUUUGUACAGAUUUUUUUUUUUUGGCCAAUUUUUUGUAUCGAAAUAAAAAGGGAGUUUCCUCUCAUUUUCUGUUUUUAUUCAUCACCGUAUACUUUUAAACUAUAUGCACCAUUUUGUCUGUUAUACUGAGUGUGUUGUUUUAGAAAACAACUGUUGUUCUCUAUCACGUAUAAAACAUAUUUACACUCAUACGCGUUAACCACAGAAAUGUCCUGUCUUUACCGCAUGGCAUGUUUCUCAGAAGAUUGCACUGGUGUCCGCCUCCUCCCUCUGGUUCCCUCAGGUCACUGUGCUAUGAACUUGUUUGGCUGGUUUGACAAUAGAAAGGAAAUAAAAUCCUAGUGUUUGUUGGAGUUGUACAUUGCGGAGGAGGGGCAAACUCCAGAGAAAAUUCCCCUCGCAACUGUCCUCUUUUUGACUACGGUUUUACUAGUCCAGAUAGUUUUGUCAUAUCCAACAUAUAGUUUUGAAGGAUUAAUGGGAAAUUAACAAUCAUCAUCAUAAUAAUAAUGGUUUUCUCUUUUUUUUUUUUUCUUUUUACGUGGGCGUGCUAGCAUUCUGUUGUCUUGCUUUUGGAUUGUAAACCAUUUCGGACUCAAUUAAUUACAUGAAAUUGCAUCUUGCUUAACUAAUGUUUUGGUCAGAUUAGCAUAAAUUCAGAUGUUUAUGCAGGAUAAGAUUGAAAAUCCAAAACAACCAUUUCAUUCUAGAGAUAAAUUGAUACUAUAGUGAAAGUCAUGCAUUGAACUACAGUUUCAAAUGGUUAUCAUUCUAAAAUGUAUCAUUUCAUGUACUGUAUUUUUUUUAACAAGUCAUCAUUUAACAUCAAAAAGUUAUUUUUUUUGUCUUAAUCCUCACAAGAGGGCACUAUAGUACACACUAUCUAGAGAGAGGAAUCUAAACCUGGAGACACUGAUACAAUAAAGACCAGCUAUGAGUUGUUUUCUUAUGUAUUUGUGUGUAUGGACAGUUCAGACAUUAUAAUAUUAUGUCUUUAAUUUGUGUACAAAUCUGCACAUCGAGCACUAUUGUAUAGUUUUUGUAAAGAAAAUGUCCAGAAGUCCAAACUUGUACAGAGCACUGGUAUUCAGGCCAUCCGGAAUGGCAUACUACUAAUUCUGCAUAACAUGUGCACAUUCUAUGUAAAUAUGCAAAAUGUGCAUACCUUUUGUCUGUGCAUGCUAAGACCUGUAUGCAACGGGUCACACUAUUCUACUUUGGAAUGCAACUUGUAACAGAAAUGUGGCUUAAAAAUGCAAAUUAACAUUUUUUUUCCAAAAUAAAAAAUGGAUGCUAUUCUCUAACAUGCAAUGUUUGAAAGGUUUAUAAUUGCAAAAAAAUUGUACAUGCUAUAAAAAAAAAAUGCAGUAUGCA